GGGGCCCGGCACCGGUGGAGGCACCGAUGGAGCCGCGGUGGCAGUACCAGUUCCGGGUGAUCAUGCUGGGGGACUCCACGGUGGGGAAAUCCUCCCUCCUGCGGCGCUACACCGAGGGCACCUUCCUGGAUGCCGUCAACCAGACGGUGGGGGUGGAUUUCUACGUCCAGUUCGUGGAGCUGGAGCCGGGGCUGAGGGUGAAGCUGCAGUUCUGGGACACGGCCGGGCAGGAGAGGUUCAGGUCCGUGACUCGCUCCUACUACCGCAACUCCGCCGGGGGGAUGCUGCUCUUCGACCUCACCAACCGCGCGUCCUUCGAGAGCGUGCGGCGCUGGCACCGCGACGUGACCGACACGGUGCAGCCCUUCCGCAUCGUCUUCCUGCUGGUGGGGCACAAGAGCGACCUGGCGGGGCAGCGCCGCGUGGGCCGCAGGGAGGCCGAGAGGUUGGCGGCCUCGCUGGGCGCCCAGUACGUGGAGACCUCGGCCAAGGACGCCUCCAACGUGGCGCUGGCGUUCCGGAUGCUGACGGCGGCCAUCUACCAGGCGCUGCAGACGGGCAGGUUGGCGGCCAGCGAGGCGUGGGACGGGGUGAAGAGCAGCGUCCCCCUGCCCGUGCCGCCCAAAGCUCGGCUGUCGGAGAAGGAGGAGAAGAGGAAGAGGUGCUCGUGCUAGAGCUGGGGACACGAGGGCUGGGACGGGCUGGGAUGUGCCCCCCUGCUGCACAUCAGCUUGCCAGGACAGCGUGGCAAGUGCUCCCUGUAAUUAACUGCAAGAGUUGUUAAACGGUUUGAUUUUAACAGUUUAGGGCUCAGUGUGGGAGAUUCGGUGGUUAAUGGAGCGGUUUUCGAAAGGACAGGGAAAUAAAGUAGCAAUAAAAUAAAAUGAACGUUGCAAGGACCCUGAGGCAUGGCUCGUCCUCUGCACAUUCCAGUGAUCAACGUGCCCAGGACUGUGGCUGCAGGGACAGGAGAGCUCCAGGGUUGUGGCUGCAGGGACUGGGGAGCUCUCAUUCCUUCAGCUGCAGGAAGCUCUCAGUGCUCCCUGCCUGCUGGGUAAUUGUUUUGUAAUC